UUGUGACCAGAAAUUGCAAUAAUUGUGGAAUUAACAAAUAUUUAAUUUUGUUAUAUUGAAUUGGUAAUAUUUUAUAAUGGCGCACAUGUCACAUAUGUUACCGCAAGCGUCAACAACACCAGGCGUUUCGUCCGGUAGCUCUUCCCGUACAAUGUCGCUCAUGGAGAAACAAAAGUAUAUUGAGGAUUAUGAUUUUCCUUACUGCGAUGAAAGCAGUAAAUACGAAAAAGUGGCCAAAAUUGGCCAAGGUACAUUCGGCGAGGUCUUCAAAGCACGCGAAAAGAAAAGUAACAAAAAAUUUGUUGCCAUGAAGAAGGUGCUCAUGGACAAUGAAAAAGAGGGCUUUCCCAUUACGGCUUUGCGUGAGAUUCGCAUCUUGCAACUGCUCAAGCACGAAAAUGUGGUCAAUCUGAUAGAGAUAUGUCGCACUAAGGCCACUGUACACAAUGGAUAUAGAUCGACUUUCUAUUUGGUAUUUGAUUUCUGUGAGCACGAUUUGGCUGGUUUGCUAUCCAAUAUGAAUGUGAAAUUCAGUCUGGGCGAAAUUAAGAAAGUUAUGCAGCAGCUGCUCAAUGGCCUCUACUACAUACACAGCAAUAAGAUUCUGCAUCGCGACAUGAAGGCCGCCAACGUACUGAUCACAAAACAUGGUAUUUUAAAGCUGGCCGACUUUGGUUUGGCCCGCGCGUUUAGCAUUCCAAAGAACGAGUGCAAAAAUCGAUAUACAAAUCGCGUUGUAACACUAUGGUAUCGUCCACCGGAGCUGUUGCUCGGUGAUCGCAACUAUGGUCCACCUGUGGAUAUGUGGGGCGCAGGCUGCAUUAUGGCUGAGAUGUGGACACGUUCGCCUAUUAUGCAGGGCAAUACAGAGCAGCAGCAGCUGACCUUUAUAUCACAACUGUGCGGUUCCUUUACUCCAGACGUUUGGCCAGGCGUCGAGGAGCUAGAGCUGUAUAAAUCGAUUGAGCUUCCAAAGAAUCAGAAGCGACGCGUCAAAGAGCGUCUGCGUCCGUAUGUCAAAGAUCCCACUGGCUGUGAUUUGCUAGACAAACUGUUAACUCUCGAUCCAAAGAAACGUAUCGAUGCAGACACAGCUCUAAAUCACGACUUUUUCUGGACAGAUCCCAUGCCCAGUGAUCUGAGCAAAAUGUUGUCGCAGCAUUUGCAGAGCAUGUUCGAAUACUUGGCUCAGCCACGUCGCAGCAAUCAGAUGCGAAAUUAUCAUCAGCAGCUCACGACAAUGAAUCAGAAGCCGCAGGACAAUAGUAUGAUCGAUAGAGUCUGGUAGAUUGUAAGCCUAAAUUAAGUUUAGAUAUGAACAUAUACAAUUGUAAUUUACUGUAUAUGCAGCAAUUUGAAGAAGUUUCAGUCUUAAGUGUAUAUCAACAAAAAUAUUUUUAAAUAUACUGUUAGUGG